AUGUCUACCCAUUUAAACAGGAGUCAGAUGGACCAGCCCCUCUAUAUUUCUACCGUUGACGCUGAGCCACUUCAUCGCUAUCGACAAGGUGGUUACCACCCAGUCACUUUGGGGGAGUCCUUGAAAGCUGGAAGGGAAGAGACGUACGUUGCUGUCAAAAUUUCUGUUGCAGAAACUGAAUAUGACGGGGACACACGAGAACUCCAAACUAUGAAAGUGUUGGCAUCUCAUCACCCUCACCCGAAACAUACAGUGCACAUGCUCGAUGACUUCGAUAUAAAGGGCCCAAAUGGAUCUCAUAAAUGCCUAGUUUAUGAGCUUCUAGGGCCCAAUGUUCCAGACGCAAUUGAUGCGCACUUUCCAGAUGGGAGACUUCCUGGAAAGCUCGCCAAAGUCAUUGCAAAGCAAUGUUUGAUCGGGCUCGAUAGUUUGCACCAACAAAAGAUUGGACAUGGAGAUCUGCAUACCCGCAAUUUGGCCUUCUCUAUGCCUUACAUAGACGAUUUGACAGAAGAAAGGUUUACUGAGAUGUUAGGAAAACCGGAAAUUGGCUAUGUCAAGAGACGCGACGGGAAAUGCCUGGAACCUGGAAUGCCCGAAUAUAUUGUGAAGCCUACCUCAUAUCGGACGCUUUCUCGGAAUCUGGUUCAGACUGUCAAAAUAAUCGACUUCGGAGAGUCAUUUUUGCGCACUGCUGUUCCUGAAACACUACAUACACCUUUAUCUCUUCGGGCACCGGAAGUUAUAUUUCAAGAUCGCAUUGAUUAUCGUGUCGAUUUGUGGAGCAUGGGCUGCAUGCUCUUUGAACUGUUCGUGGGCCAACCACCUUUCGACACCUUCUUGAUAACGCCCACAAUUCUUGUUGGCCAAAUGCGAGAGACGACAACUGAUGAUCUACCUGAAAGAUGGCAAGAGAAAUGGAAUACGAUGAACGCAGGGGACGGCAUGACCACAGAAAGCUCUGGUUCGAACUUGCAGGAAUGGCUGGAAGAAGUAUACUUUGAUAGCCCGCUGAGCCCCGAUCUCACACGAGAGGACAUAGUGAGGCUGGGACAAAUCGUUGGAAGGUUAUUGCAUUUCGAGCCGUCUGCAAGAGCGUCAGCGAGACAAGUUCUUAAUGACCCUUGGUUUAAUGAAUGA